GUGAACGUUUUAGUUAUGUGAUUGUUCAACCUGAUAGAAUCUUCGAUCUAGCUGGUAAAAAAUUUAAGCUUGGAAAAUCGGAUCAGAUGGAAUUCGUAGAAGUGGCUAAAGAACUUGGUAGAAGCAUAAACUUAUCCCACUACUUUGAAAAUACUAUUACUGGACUUUGCGCCCGAUUUAUAAUGUGUGAUAAAAGACAUGAGCCCCCAUCUACUGACAAAAUUAUGCAACUUACAGAUUUCGAUGAGAAGUAUAAACAAAUUGAUAUCUAUGCCCAAAAUAAGGCCAAGAAGUGGCUUGAGUCGUUUAUUAAGGAGAAAAAUGGAAUAGAUUCUAAAAUAAUAGCUAAUCGUGGGUAUGCCUAUAAACGUGCCUAUAAAAAGGCAGUCAAGACCGCACAAGCUAUAUUACAUCGGAAUAUAGGUAAUACCUACGAGAUAUUUCAUGGAGAAUGGCUAAACUUUGAAGACUUUAAG